GCAGCACAUGCGCAGUGUGGUCACGUGUACCAUCCUUUUCUAAGCUGCGUGUCUAAAGACUAGCAUCAAAACGAGCAUCAACAUGCAGCUUUUCCUGCGUGCCCAGAACACUCACACCCUUGAGGUGACCGGACAAGAGACUGUGGGCCAAAUUAAGGCUCAUGUCCAGUCUCUGGAGGGUCUCCUUGUGGAGGAUCAGGUGCUGCUGCUUGCGGGUUGCCCGCUGGAGGACGAUGCUUCCCUGGCAUCGUGCGGCAUCUCCGAGCACGCCACCUUGGAGGUAGUCGGCAGGCUUCUGGGAGGUAAGGUCCACGGCUCUCUGGCUCGUGCUGGAAAAGUGAGGGGCCAGACCCCCAAGGUCGACAAGCAGGAGAAGAAGAAGAAGAAGACGGGCCGCGCCAAGCGUCGCAUCCAGUACAACCGCCGCUUCGUCAACGUGGUGCCCACCUUCGGCAAGAAGAAGGGACCCAACGCCAACUCCUAAAGAGUGCGUGCGGUGAUCGCGCAGAGUUGAAAUGUUUUCCUGUCAAUAAAACGUUCAACUCGG